AUGAAACAAGCUUCUUCGUCUAGGUUCUGCUACCAUCAAGGCUUCUCAGGCGUUCUCCAAGUGUUUGUUCACAACGCAAGAAACAUCCACAACAUCUGUAUCUACGACAACCAAGACGUCUACGCCAAGUUCUCUCUCACUUACAACCCUGACGACACAAUCUCCACCAGAAUCAUCCACAGAGCUGGAAAGAACCCAGAGUUCAACCAGAAGCUUGUGAUCAAUGUGAACCAGAUCGAUGCUGCAGUUCUCAAAUGUGAGAUCUGGAUGAUGAGCAGAGCCAGACAUUACAUGGAAGAUCAACUUCUUGGUUUCGCUCUUGUCCCAGUCUCAGACAUCAUAGGUCAAGACAGUGUUACUCAAGACUACAGUCUCUCUUCAACUGAUCUCUUCCAUUCACCUGCUGGUACCGUGAAGCUCACGCUUUCCAUCGUCAACCCUACUCUUGUUGCUUCUUCUUCAUCCAAUCCCAAGGUUAACACUUCGAUUUCUUCCGAGGUCGUGUUGCUUAACCCCCAAGUCUCUGAAACUGUGGACUACACGAGGAUUGAGUUCCCUGACAUCAAUGUUGUUAACGAGAACAAACAAAUGGUUACCGAGUACUUCAAUGGAAUGGGUGUCAGGUCUGGGACAGCUUCUUUUCUCUGUCUCGGCUCAACACAUUUGCCAGAGACCGACAUAACAAUGGUGUGCUUGGAAGACAAAGAGGUUCAGGGGAAUGGAAGUUUUAUGGCUUCUUCUUCAACAACAACCAGCUUAAGCGACGACAAGAACACAGCAGAUUCAAACGAGAACGAGAGUAGAGAGGUGGAAAAAGCAUUAAGAAGCAGCAAAGAAGGAGAGGAGAAAAUGAAUGUGGCAACGGAGGAAACAUCGAUGCAGAAACAGAUAGCAGAGAUGUAUAUGAGAAGUAUGCAGCAGUUCACUGAGUCUUUAGCAAAGAUGAAGCUUCCUAUGGAUCACAACAAUAAUAACAACUCUGAAACUCAGAUUCAGAAUCGGAGUAAUAAUAAUGAUAAUGGUACUGAGAAGAAAAAAGAAGGAUCUCGUGUCUUCUAUGGAAGCAGAGCAUUCUUUUAA